AUGGAAGAGGAAAAGAAGAAGCCGUUUGGACGAGCGCUCAAUGCCUUCUUCCUCAGAGUUCACCCUGAUCGGUUCCAGGCCCAUCCUGAGGAGAAGAAGAUCAAUGAGACCUCGUUCCAGCUGCUCAACACCCUCGUGGCAGAGUGCAAAUCGUCGAGCCUCGCCGAUGGCAUCGCUGCUGUUAGCCCUCCCACAUCGCUCGAGUUCUUUGUCCGUCAGCCGUCGUCAUCGUCAUCUAGCCAGUCCUCGGCCGCGUCGGCUGGCUCGGAUGGUGCCGAGGCCGAGGCCGAGGCCGAGGCCGAGCCCGAGAAGCUCCAUCGGGUUGUGGUCGACUUGCCGCGGCUGGCCGUUGGCGAACCGCCCGGUCGCCUCCUCCGCGCUACCUUUACCGAGCUCUUUACUCAGGCUGGCUUGGACCCGAGCUUUGACUUUGGAAACUACUUUGGUCGUCCGGUCGACGAGAGCCAGCCGGCGCCGUCGGGCGAGUUUGCGCGGCGGGAGGCGCGCCACGCCCGCACCUGGCCGGCCGGCACGGCGGCGGCCAAGGUCUAUCCAGCUGGCUCGCUGCUGGACUUUCUCUCCGACGACCGACUGGAUCAUGUCCGCCACUCCCUCGCCGCCGUCCGCGACGCUGAACGGGUCCGCAACGUCGAGCAGGCUUCGCUCAUGUUCAAGGGCAUCCGGAUUCUGUACGACGAAGCGCCGGGCUCAGAGUGUGCACCGAGCGACCAGGUUGCUUGGCUCCGUGCCCUCAAGCCAGUCCUCCGCGAGACAAUGGGGAUCGAACUCGACGAGAUCGACGUCGACCGCCAGCGCCCUCUGCGCGGGCCCGGUGGCUCGGGAGAGGAGCCACCGGAGAAGCCUGGCUUUUCGGCCGGCUUUGACCUCCGCCAGUUCCAGGGCGCUGAAGCCCGGGCUGGCAUGCAAGGUCCCCCCUCUCUUGUUGUCUGCUUCCACCAGAGCCCGCUGGCGGCGGGCACGACGAGCAUCGACGAUCUCGGGCGGGUUCAUCUCUUCGUCAACGACCCGCCGGCGGCGUGGGCCGCAGCUGUCUGCGAGCUGCAGGGCAUGUCGGACGAGGCGCGGUCUGCACAUCAGCGGAGGAUGGCGGGGAAGAGUGAUGGCGAGCUGUCGCUCGCGCUUGCGCUCUCACGGGCUAUGCACGUCCGACACGUUUUUGCGUCGUCGGCCGUCGAGGCGCUGCCCGAGUACUCGGAGCUCCUGCUGCGGUUGCAGGUCGGCGCCGCCGACGGUGCCUUUGACCGCGACUGGCUGCGCGGCGGCAAGCUUGCCACACUCCCGCUUCAGAUUGUGGCAGACGCCGAAAAGGCAUAUGUUGACAACGUCCACCACAUUCUCUGCCUCCCGGUUGGUGUCGAUGUCGAGGGUGUGCUUGACGCGCUGCGGCUGUAUGGUCGGCGGGUGGUUCGGACCCAGCGCGCAGCAGAGGCUGCACGGACGCGGCUUGACCGACUGGUGGUCGAAACCCGCCGGCAGCUCAUGCUUGAGCGGCUGGUCAUUGGACCCGACGUUGACGACGACGCGGCGCGCGAGGGUCUUCAGCGGCUCUCGGGCGCUAAGGGCGUGCUCGGGCCCAAGCUCCAUACGCUGCGCCUAGGCAUUGGUCGUGAGCAUGGGUGGCACGACGCCACAGCCGUCCUUGAUGUGGCGUACGACUUUUCGCUCGGCAUGUGA